AUAUUAAAGUAUUUAUAAAAAUAUACACCUUGAAAUGAUUUCUUGCAGUAUGUGAAACUCUUUUAUAGUAAAAAGGGACUAGCUUUGCAUAAAAUUGAAGCUGUCACCUGAGGGAAAGGAACUACUUUAGGGCAACAAUAUACAACGACAUGGUUUAAAAAAGAAAACAGACUUAGAACACUAGGUUCUGUAGACCACAAUAGUAAGACUAUGGCAGGAAGAUAUGAUGAUAUUGGAGCAGACAAACCCCUCUUUGGAGAGACCAGACCAAGGGACCGGGUUUUCAACCUCGUGCUUGGACUCGUAACACUAAUACUUGUACUGGUUACACUAAUCAGUGCAUUUGUUUUCCCACAAUGGCCUCCAGAUCCUGUGAAUAUUUAUUUUGCCAGCUGUAUAUUAUUAGUUUGUGGAGCUAACUCGGUGCUGAUAUUCUGGUACAGACAAGGGGAUUUGGAGCCCAAAUUCAGGACACUUAUUUAUUUCAACGUAUUCUGUAUCAUAUUACUGGCAGUCUGCUGUAACUUGUAUAUUCAUUUAAAGACCAAAUAACUUGUCUGUAUAUAGUGUGUAUCACAUACAAUGAUUAGGGGCAUUGUUUGUAAAUCUGUGAAUAUUGUGUCUAUGUAAAUAUGUAUCAGAAUGGUUUCUGAGAUUGUUGUUCUCAGGAUGUGUAUGAAGAUCUUUUGUUUAUCAUGUUCUCAUCUCUAUUAAGAACAGAUCCUCAGAUUUUCACAAUUUUUCGUGGUUUGUUUUACAUCUCAUUGUAUUAAGGCAAUUACAUAAACGACGUAUGUAUGUAUGUAUACAGAGUAAUAAUUGGCUGUCUGCCAAUAAGUUCACAUGACCCAGUUACUGUAAAGGCCAACCUAAUUUACUUUUUAAUUCUGCCAAAAGAUAAAUGUUAAGACUGUUUUAAUAUAAACUUGAUUAGGGAUAAAAAAUAUAUAUGGCACAGAGAUUUUUUUAUACAUUCCAACUGACGAAUGUUAAUGGCAAUGGUUAGGGAAAGGAUUAUGAAGAUGUGCCCUUUUGCAUUAAAAAUGCCUAAUUUCCUGUAAUGUUUCACACUCAAAUUCUGACCUUAAAAGUAUAAAAAUAUAUUUAAGUACAUAUUAAGUCCUUCAAACAAAAACACUGUUUAUGAAAUGUAACGAACAGGUACCUAAUGUUUUUUCACUUUGGAAUAUCUUAUUUAUGUUGUUGGUGUUUUGUUUUUUAACUUCUAGUACGCAAUUUAAGUUUUUUAUUGUUGAAAUUUUUUUUGUUAUUAAUGUAUGGUUAUUUUGAAAAAUGUUAGGGAUAGAUUUAUUCAGAGGUAAAAGUACAUCUUUUGUGGUUGGUCAGAUAAAAACACGAGUUUUUUUCACGAGUGUUUAAUUUCAUUUUCAAACAUUGAAUAGGAAAUGUUUGUUUAGAUUGCUAAAUGCAUAACAGGCAGCUUUAAUGAAGAGUGAAAAAACAAAUAGGUAAGGUCAUUAGGUACUCUCAGAAAGUACUUUUGAGCUUUGACAUAAAUGAUAAAAAAUUUGAAGAUGCAAUUUUAAUGCACUUUUAUGGCUGAUUGAGUGAUUAAUUCAGUUUAUUCCUUGGCAUGUGAAUGUUAUUUCAGAACUAGUAGAAGUGGUUUAUGUGCCUUAGGGACUAUUCCCAGACCCUGUCGUACUAACUGUGGAUCGAUCUAUC